CUGCAGUGUAAGCAGUACAACCCAGUGUGAGAUGGAUGAGUUCAAACAUGAGAACCUCUGCUGCCAAUACUGUCCUGCUGGCUGAGAAGAUGGCCACCACGUAACUAAUGUGCUGGAGACCUUGACCAAGGACUUCAUCUUUAGAAUUUGGAGUUCUGCGAAACCAUCCUGGGCAGUCGGGAACCUGGCAUGGGAGGCUUUAAACUCAUUAAUCCAUGCCAGAAGAACCAUGGUACGAGUGAAUGUGCUCCCUGUGAGUCUAACUACUUCACAGCCCACAAAAACAGUGAAUCUGGGUGCUUUCCCUGCUCCAUGUGCCGGGACGACCAAGAGGAAGUGACCAAAUGCUCCAGUACGACUGAUCGUGAGUGCCAGUGUAAGCAGGGCACCUACUGUAACUCCGAAAACUGUUUGGAGAUGUGCCAUGCAUGCAGCAGCUGUCCUGGUGGCAGAGUUAUCAGGAAAUGCAAUGCCACAAUGGAUACUGUGUGCGACACGUUUGACUCAAAACAAGCAGAAAAUUCUGUGGUCUGUUACUUUACUGAAGACUGCUCUGCCUCAGCCUGGAAGCUGAAUAUUGUGGUUAUAGCUGCUGUCAUCAUCAUUAUUGCUGCUGUCAUCACCGUCAUUCGCAAAAUCAUUUGCUAUUGUCGUAAAAGAGACAGAAGAGCCCUAAAUAGUGUCAACGGCACCGUCUCAGCCUCUACUCCGCUGUGAAACUCUGGAAAGUAACCAGAUGGCAUUCCUGAAGCUCCCUGGAUUUAAGGAAGUUGGGAUUCCUGAGCUUGGAAAUUGCGGAAACAAUGAACAAUGGCAAGCUCAACGCUAUUAUUUCUAAACUUGAGACUGACCUUGCAGGAAUGUGUACACAAACUGUGGCAAUUUAGCUGCUAAAAAUUGUGUUUGCUUUGCCCUCAAGCUAGAGUCAAGUGUCCUUUGGUACAAAACUGAAACAAUCCAAAUAGCCCAGCUGAAUUUGGAGCCGACACUGCAUACCCUGUGGACCCUAGAUAUGUGAUGUGCCUUUCUCUCCUGUGAAACUCAGCAGUCCUGCUGCAGCCAGAGGGCUUUCCUCCUCGAAGCUUGCCAUGGCUGGCCUCAGAGAUACGAGGUUUUGUGCUGUGAACUUGUAAGCUAGAACCAGUUUGGGCUCAUGGUGCUCAGAAUGUCUUCCUAGAAACCAAGGAUGGGAAGACGCAAAAUAGUUGUCCUUUGAGCGCACAUCAGGGUGUGGCCCAGACAAAGUGGUUUGUUAUACCUGUAAGUUCAUAACAAAGUUCCCUGACUGGCCUGCCUGAGCCACUGUGAACUUUGCCACACCCAACACUGGGAAUAGUGUCUGUUUGUAGGUUCUCCUUCACCCAGGCAUCUAAGAACUAGCCUUAGUCUUUAUUCCUGUCAAACUACAGUGAGCAGGUGUAGGUAUGAAUGACAAUUUCUCAGAAGCUGUCUAAAUAGGUUAAUUGAUUUAUUAUUAUUAUUAUUAUUAUUAUUAUUGUUGUUGUUGUUAUU